UCUCUCUCUCUCUCUUUCUCCCUCCACGCAUUUCCAAACCUUCUCGAAAACGCAAGAGAGAGAAAGGAGAGAGACAGAGAGACGCCAUUAUUAGGGAAUCAUCAAAAGCAAGCAAAAAAGGGGACGAGAGAGUACUCUCCAAAUAACGCAUCGCCUCUUCUCCCUCCUCUCGUGUCCGCCAUUAGUGCGCAGAGGCUGGAAACCUCAAGGAGGAAUAGAAUCCAUGGAGGGAAGUGGCGCAGGAAAUGGUUUGGGGAAGACUAUGGAGAUGAAGGGAAGUGGGAGCAACAUUUCUUCGAAGUCACUUCCUCCAUGCUGCAUCAAGGCCAGGGCUUCUGUCCCGGAGUCAGAGGCAAAGUGUCAUGACACGGUAGUAUCGGGGUGGUUCACGGAAUCUCAGUCAAUAACUGAUAAAACAGGAAAGGUCCUUUAUUACAAUAAUCCUAUGUGGCCUGGAGAGGCUCAUUCUUUAAAAGUCGAGAAGAUUUUGUAUCGGGGAAAGUCAAAGUACCAGGAAGUUUUAGUUUUUGAGUCUUCAACUUACGGUAAGGUGCUUGUGCUUGAUGGUAUUGUCCAGCUGACUGACAAAGAUGAAUGUGCUUAUCAGGAGAUGAUUGCUCACCUUCCUCUGUGCUCGAUUCCAUCUCCCAAUACUGUUUUGGUUAUAGGAGGUGGUGACGGGGGCGUUCUUCGUGAAAUUUCUCGACACCGUUCAGUGGAAACUAUACAUAUUUGUGAAAUUGAUAAACUGGUCAUAGAUGUUUGUGAAGAAUACUUCCCAGAGUUAUAUGUGGGGUUUGGAGAUCCACGUGUUCAACUUCAUGUUGGCGAUGCUGUUGAGUUCUUACGAAAUGCUGCAGAGGGAAUGUAUGAUGCCAUUAUUGUUGACUCAUCUGAUCCAAUAGGUCCGGCCCAGGAACUUGUAGAAAAGCCCUUUUUUGAGAUGAUUGCAAGGGCAUUAAGACCUGGUGGUGUUCUAUGUAAUCAAGCCGAGAGCUUGUGGCUUCACACACAUCUUAUUCAGGACAUGCUUGCCAUAUGCCGUGAGACAUUCAAGGGUUCUGUUCAUUAUGCCUGGACGAGUGUUCCUACGUAUCCUAGUGGUGUUAUUGGAUUUUUGUUGUGCUCAAAGGAUGGUGAGCCCGUAAACUUCAUGGAUCCUAUAAACCCUAUUGAGCAGCAGGAGGGUGCAGAUAAUGCUGGAAGAGAAAUCAAAUUCUAUAAUUCUGAGAUUCAUAAGGCUGCAUUUGCCUUGCCUUCAUUUGCAAAGAGAGAGCUUUCCACUGUUUAUGCUUCCUCAAGAUUGAGUCAAUCAGAACAAGGCGAGGAUACUCUGAAGAUGAAUUUAGUGGCUAAAAAUGAGCUUGUCACUGCUUCCUAAAGUUGAGGUGAAAUAACUAGGGCAUGCCAUCGGGUGCACUUCGUAGUCGACCAGCAGUAUACUAGCAAUGGAGUGGUAGAAGUUCGGAAAUAUAUUUUUCUACAUCUUUGUGGAGAUGCUUCUAAUAUGUCCAAUUAUUAACUAGAAUAAGCUAAAGAACUCUUUUUAAGGCCAUUGAGACUUUACUAGUGUUCAUCUUUAACAAGAUCUGGGAUUGAUUAUUCUUGUAUAUUAAUGUGCACCGAAAGCUUAUUUGUCACUUAUCAUCUGAAAAAGAAACCUUCGUAUUUAAUACCAAAUAUAAUUACACGCAA